AUGGUAUUGGCCUUGAUUGAUCGAGAUACUAGAAGAUGGAGAAAAGACAUUCUUGAUAGAGUCUUUCUUGGUUUUGAAGUGGAGAAAAUCCUAAGCAUCCCAAUCCCUCACUGCCCACAGGAGGAUCAACUAAUAUGGGUGGGAAAUAAAAAAGGAAUUUUCACGGUGAAAAGUGCUUAUUUUUUGGCUAAGGAAGUUGUAGAAAAGUAUGAAAGAGGUGAAUCCUCAGUGGGAGAUGUAUGUGGCCCACUUUGGAAAAAGAUGUGGCACUUAAACAUUCCGGCCAAAGUGAGAGUUUUUGCUUGGAGACUUUGCAUGAAGGCCAUCCCAUCUAUGUUAAAUAUGAGUAAUAGAGGAAUUCAAGUGGAUCCUACCUACCCUGUUUGUUGUGGGGAACCUGAGUCAACUGAGCAUGCAAUCAUCUACUGUGGAGCUGCUAAAAGAGUGUGGAGCAAAUGGGAAGAAUGCCCAAUCUGUUUGAAUGAUGCCAACAUGGAGAUUAUGGACUUGGCCUUAUGUUUGCUAGAAAAGGGAACACAGAGGGAUUUGGAGAUCUUUUUUGGUGUUGCUUGGAUGAUUUGGUAUAAUAGAAACCAAAUUGUUCAUGAAGGAAAUGGUGUGUCUGAGGAUCACAUUUGGGAGACAGCAAUCCAAAUGAUAAUGGAGUUCAAAGGAAUAAAGGGCUUGGAGUUAAAUAGUCCUCAGAGAAGUGAGAAAGAAUGGACUCCUCCUCCUGUGGGUUUCUUCAAAAUAAAUGUAGAUGGGGUUGUUCCCUCUGUUGAUGGCCAUUCUGGAGUGGGUGUUGUAAUUAGAGAUUGGGAAAGAAAGGUGGUAGCAGCAAAAAGCCUUCCUCUAUCGGGUCGAACAGCUGUGGAGGAAACAGAAGCAAUAGCUAUGGAACAAGGAAUGAUCUUAGCAAAAAACAUGGGUUUGGAAAGAACCAUUUUUGAAGGGGACUCAUUGCAAAAAAUUCAAGCUAUUGAGGGUAAGGAAGUAAGAAUUGUGAUUGGCCACAUUGUGAAAAGCUGUCUGCAAAUUUUUCCAAGCUUCCAGGAGGCAAGAAUCAGACAUAUUAGUAGGGAGGGCAACAAAAUAGCCCACGAGCUUGCACAGCUUGCAAAACUUUCUGCUGAGGAACAGGUCUGGAUUUCAAAUUUACCGGUCUGGAUUGAAGAUAUGGCAAGAGCUGAAGGAAUGGUGUAA